CUAUGUUCCGGUUGUUCUCUUACCACCACAACACAAAAUGAUGGCCUGAUAUACCGGAGUCCUUUAUAAUCUUACCAUUUAUUAUUUUAUCGAUUGCUACGUCGACAUGUCUCUCUCUUCAUGGACUUUUCACAGAUCGGCGCAAAGGGCGCUCGGAUGGAUACAAAGACGGUGCAUGAGCGUUCGACCAGCAGAGUCGAACGACAAGGUGAACAAUGACCCUAGGAAAAAAGUGACUAUUCAGACCUUGAAAACACUUAAAAGCGCAAACAUACCAAUAACGAUGCUUACGGCCUAUGAUUAUCCCACCGCAGUCUCUGCUUCUUCUAAUGCUCUUAUUGACGUUACCCUUGUCGGCGACUCUCUAGCCCAGGUAUGCCUGGGGUACACUUCGACGACCCAGCUAACCCUCCCGGAAAUGAUUCACCAUGCCCGAGCAGUUGCUCGCGGAACCACCCACCCGCUGCUAAUAGCGGAUAUGCCAUUCGGGUCCUUCCACGUUUCCAACGACAAUGCCGUGGAGAAUGCCAUCCGUCUGAUCCGCGAAGGCCAAGUCGAAGCGGUCAAGCUCGAAGGCGGCGAAGAGGUCGUGCCCAUUGUGCGGCGACUCACGCGUAUUGGCAUCCCUGUAAUGGCACAUGUGGGCCUUUUGCCUCAAAAACACCUAGCCAUGUCCGGGUACAAGGUGCAAGGAAGAAGUGCCGCGGGUGCCAAGCGCGUGAUUAACGACGCUUUGGCUCUCGAAGACGCUGGCGCGUUUGCCGUCCUCGUCGAAGGAGUUCCGAAAGAGCUUGGGAAACAUCUAACGGAAAAACUUCAGAUACCUACGAUCGGUAUCGGCGCGGGUCCCUGGACAAGUGGCCAGGUGCUCGUAUGGGACGACAUAAUGGGUACCUGGUGCGGCCACAAGGCGAAGUUUGUCCGCCGGUUCGCCGAUCUGAAAACGCCCAGGGAUAAGGGUGUGCAGGACUAUGCUCAGGCCAUCCGAGAGCGUAUGUUCCCCUCAGAAGAUACCGAAAGCUACACGAUGGAUCCUUCUGAGCUAGCCAAAUUAUCUGACUAAUCAUACAUUACUUUUCUGUUUGUUAUUAGCAGAGUUCUAAAACAUGGUCAGCAUUGAUGAUUCAAUACCUAGAGCCUAGCACGAAACGCAACUUAAGGUACCAUCCGUCUUUCUAUGCUCUGCUUCUGUACUUGAGGAUCUGUUCAAACGGUGAGCAGACGAAAAUUUGGACGACCCAGGCUAGUAUAUAUCAGGUAUAGGUCAGCGGACGGACAUCAACGAGUUAAU